AUGGCGUUGGUGGCGAAUCCGCCCCUCGCGCGGCUGGGAACUCGGACCGCGCGGGACGCAAGAGGAACGGCGCCGAGGACAGCUGGCCUCGGCCUUCGCGCGCUUCCUCCCGAAGCCGCCGGCCUGGAGCCGACGGCCGCCGCAGCAAUCGCCGCAGCAAUCGCCGCGGCAAUCGCCGCGGCGGUGACGUCGUGGCAGAAGAAGGUACCGCCGCGAGUGCAGAAACAGGAUCUGUGGCGGAAGAAGCUCGGCCGCUUCCGCGUCACGCCGCUGCCCGGCAGAGGCUUCGGCGCCGUGGCGUGCGCGGACUUCGCCUGCGGCGACCUAGUGGCGGAGGAGGUCCCGUUGCUGCAGCUGGGCCUGGGCGCGACAGCUGAGGAGCAGAUGAAGACUCUUAGCGAUGAGCAGAAGGAGCGCAUCUUUCAGUUGAGCGACUGGACGGGCACGGGGCUGGAGGGGAUUCUGGCGACCAACUGCUUCCAGACGAAUUUCAGCGAGCGGGUCCUCUGCCCGCAGCUCGCGCGGUUCAACCACUCCUGCGCCUCCAACUGCCAGCACUCCUGGGAUGAGGAUGCGCAGCUCAUGCGGGUCUUCGCCUGCAAACACAUCGCCGAAGGGGAGGAGCUUUGCGUCGACUACAUCGAUGUGCGGCAAAGUCGGCGUGCGCGGCAGGCGGAGCUGAGUCAGAAGUAUGGAUUCCCGUGCGGCUGCACUGCUUGCACAGCCGGCGGGCAGCAAAGCGAUGAGCGCAGGAGAGAGAUGAGGCGCUUGGACGAGGCGAUCGGCGUCGCGGGGCCGGAGGAGGCCGUGAAGCUGUGCCAGCGACUGUUGCAGCUCUAUGACCAGGAGGGCCUGCAUUUGCAAGCACUGCGAGGCCGUGCCUGUUUGGAUGCCUGCGGCGCCUGUGCAGCGCUCCGGGAGGAAGCGCAGGUCCGGUGCUGGGCUCAGAAGGCCCAGACCUUUUACGGCCACGGCUUAGGUCCCUUCCACGCGCUGACGCUACUCGGCUACGAGGGAACCGGUUGCCGAGAAACUCCCGUGCAGAACCAGGACCGGGUUCAGAGCCACGGCGCGGCGCCGGACCGGCCCGGAAGCCCGGGAAGCCCCGGAACGCAAGCGCGGCACUGCGACGUGUCGGCGCUCAUGGUCGGUUGCCAAAGCAUCGACGGGGCCUUUGAGGAUGCCAAAAUCGAGUUUGUCGAGGUGCCGCAGGGCGCGAUCGCCGGCAGCACCAUCAAGUUCAGAUUGUCCGACGGGCGCUGGCUCCAGGCUCAGAUUCCGGAAGGCUAUGGUCCCGGUGACGAGAUCACCGUAGAGGUGCCUGCAGCCCCCUCAAAGAAGGGUAGCCGCUUUGGCACGCUCCACGAGGCCUUCCAAUACUUGGACCCAAAGCACACCGGCUACAUCACCGACCACGCGAAAUUCGCCGAGGUAGCUGAGGCGUUGGCGAACUUGCAAGGCUCCACGGAUGAAGUCUGGAAGACCCUGGACCAGGACGGCAAUGGUCAAGUGAACUGGCCAGAGUUUGUGGAGUGGGCGGAGGCGAACCACGUGGAGUUGGAGCUAGGCCUUGGCGACGAUGAAGGCGGCGUCUCCUUCCCUGCUCUUUGGACCGGGCCCCGCGACAAGGCCACCUGGGUGCAGCAAUACGACAUCACGGACAUGGACCAGUUCAUGGAGCUGGAUCAACUCGUCCAGAGGUCUUACAAGAAGAUCUGGACAAGGGACCGGAAGAAGACCGGGGAGGACAAGGUGCCUUUGGGCUACGAGCUGGUCAAGGCCACCCGUUGCGAGAACUUGAAGGAUUGGAAGCGCUAUUACUUCCGCAGGCAUCAGAUCGCCCACGCCUGCAGCCAGAAGUCCAACUUCUUGGAGCGGCCCGUGCUCACCAGCCAGGCCACGGGUGUGUGCAAGCGUCAGGGCUUGCGCAGCUACUGCAAUGAGUGGCUGCUGUUCCACGGCACCAGCCCGGAAGCCGCCAAGUCCAUUCUCUCGGGUUGCCCGGGGCUCGGGGUCGGCCGGUCAGUCGAGGGGGCCGGUCGAAACCAGGCGGCGGCCGCAACCGGGGAAGGGUCCGGUUGCACUUGA